UUACGACAGUACCAGUGUCUUUACGGCAGCCGGUUUCUAUAACAUCAAACAACAUGGCGGAUGCGGCGCCGUGUCCCGGUGCUGAGGAGGUUUUAAUGCAAGACCAGGAGAGUCCGGCAGCGGGGAAAGACAGCGGGACACCGGGAGCAGCUGCCCGGGACAAACCCGUGUGUCUGAUCGUGCUGGGCAUGGCGGGCUCCGGGAAAACCACCUUUGUUCAGAGGCUGACGGCUCACCUUCACUCUCUUAAAGCUCCUCCAUAUGUCAUCAACCUGGACCCUGCCGUCCACGAAGUACCCUUCCCUGCAAACAUCGACAUCAGGGACACUGUGAACUACAAGGAGGUUAUGAAGCAGUACGGCCUCGGACCAAACGGAGGCAUCGUGACAUCACUCAACCUGUUCGCGACACGAUUUGAUCAGGUGAUGCAGUUCAUAGAGAAGAAGCAGCAGAAUCACCGGUACGUGCUGAUUGACACCCCGGGUCAGAUCGAAGUCUUCACCUGGUCGGCAUCUGGAACCAUCAUCACAGAGGCUCUGGCGUCAUCCUUCCCCUGUGUCGUGAUCUACGUGAUGGACACGUCCCGCAGCGUCAGCCCCGUCACAUUCAUGUCCAACAUGCUCUACGCCUGCAGUAUUCUCUACAAGACCAAGCUGCCCUUCAUCGUCGCCAUGAACAAGACUGACAUUAUCGACCACAGCUUUGCAGUGGAGUGGAUGCAGGACUUUGAGGUUUUCCAGGAUGCUCUGAACCAGGAAACCUCGUAUGUCAGCAACCUGACGCGCUCCAUGAGUCUGGUGCUGGACGAGUUCUACACCAACCUGAGGGUGGUGGGCGUGUCCGCAGUUACAGGAAGCGGAUUGGACAAGCUGUUUGUUCAGGUGGAAGAUGCCGCGGAGGAGUACGAGAGGGACUAUCGACCCGAAUAUGAAAGACUCCGCAAACAGCUGGCGGAGGCUCAGACCGAGAAGCAGCAGGAGCAGCUGGAGCGGCUCAGGAAGGACAUGGGAGCUGUCGACAUGACGACCACACCUUCGACAGAGGAAGCUAACAUAGCCGGGCCCAGUGACCUCAUCAUGACACGCGGUAACCCUGACGAGGAGGAGGAGGAAGAGGACAGCGACACGGACGACAUCGACCACAGCGCCACGGAGGAGAGCAAAGAGAGCGACGCCUUUGGAAACUUCCUGAUUGAGAGGAAGGAAGUGGUUCAGGUCCGAAACAAAAAGUGUGCGAUUCCAGAGGGACCCUGACCCCUGACCUCUGACCCCUGACCUCUGCAACCUGACAUCUCACUCUGCCAGGAAGAAAAGAAAAGACAGAGACAGCAGGCUGGUGAGGGAAAUAAGAAACCUCCCGAAGGUUUCCCUCUGUGGGAUACCGACUAUCACCUGGAACAGAUGCUGUGGAAGUGCAGAAGAUUCUUCCAUCAGCGAUGGUUUUUCUCAGAUGUUCAGAUAUGAAACUCUGAACUCUUUGAGCCGAACUUCCUGUCUGAUCAGGUGACCUCUGACCCUGUGACCUCGCUCAUUCAGUAAAGCUGAUUGGCUGCUCCUCAGUGUCGCUCCUUCCCUAAAAAGCAAAAGCUAUAUUUUUAUAUCAGAAAAGACUCUUCUAUUCUGCUUUUGUUGUGUUUUUCAUUACUGUUGACUUUUGUGAAAGCACUGAAGUGAUUUAUGAUCUGCAAAAUAAAAGUGAGCUUUUAGUUCAAAA